CUUACCGUCAGGAACGUGGUUCCCACCAAAAAGCAACAGAGGGAGACUUGCCGGGGAAAAGCAUCGGUCAACCUCAUGAGCAGACAUUUCACGGAGCCGCCGGACAUCAGAGUAAAAGAAGCGUCGGGGACGUGAGCCGCUCUUUCCCCAUCUAUUUAUUGGACGAAAUCGUCUUCUCCUCCUACUCACCACCACCACCAAGACGGAGGAAGCCCACAAUGGCCGGUCGCCAGCCUCCUGCCGCCGGUAAUGCUGGUGGUGGACGUCGUGCCUUUUCCGUGACCCCCGUCAAGUUGUUCUUCCUUUUCUUCCUCCUCUCUUGUCUCUCACCUGCACUAACCCAACAGCCAUCAGGGCCGGCCCGUCAGGACCUUGAGAUCGGCAUUGGCAUAGGGAUCGGUGGAGGCGGAGGCAAUAGCAGUGGUGGAGAUUGUGGAUGCGCCCCACCGCCUCCUCCACCCGAUUGCCCGCCACCGCCACCACCGCCGCCACCUCCGCCACCGCCGCCACCAUUAAGUGAUCUUUUAUUUGAACAGAAGCUUAUCAUCCAGAAGGCUCUGCAGUAUGUGGAGGAUGACCCCAACAACAUAACGUGUUCGUGGACAGGCGACGACCCCUGCAAGUACAAGGGCUUCUUCUGCGCGAAGCGCCCAGGUGACAAGCAGCUUACCAUCGCUACCCUCGACUUCAACCGCUACAACAUCGCCUUCCAUCCCAAGGGCCUCGAGCAGUUCAGUUGCCUCACGGACCUGGCCAUCUUCCACGCCAACACCAACCGCUUUAAGGGCACCAUCCCUGCAGGCUUCACCAAGCUCAAGUACCUCUACGAGUUCGACCUCAGCAACAACAAACUCACCGGCACCUUCCCUGAUGUCGCCUCCUGCAUCCGCAAUCUCGCCUACUUCGACAUUCGGUUCAACAGCUUCGCCGGCCGCGUCUCACCCUCCAUAUUCACCGUCAACUUGGAUGUCUUCUUCCUCAACAAUGACGCCUUCUACGGCCCCAUCCCGGACAACCUCGGCAAUUCCCCUGCCUCCGUCCUCAGCUUCGCCAACAACAAGUUCAGCGGAAACAUUCCGACCAGCAUCAAGAAGAUGUCGGAGACGCUCAUCCAGGUGCUCUUCCUGAACAACCAGCUGUCUGGCUGCCUGCGGCCGGAGAUCGGCUACCUAAAGAAAGCGACUGUGUUCGACGUCGGGGGCAACCAGCUGACGGGCCCCAUCCCGCUGUCGUUCGGGUGCCUCCAGAAGGUGGAGCAGCUCAACCUGGCGCAGAACAUGCUCUACGGGGAGAUCCCGGAGGCGGUGUGCCUUCUCGGCAACCUGGCUAACCUGUCCCUGUCCCACAAUUACUUCACUUGGGAGGGCCCGGCCUGCCGACGCCUGGCGGAGCGCGGCCUGCUCGACGACCGCUGGAACUGCAUCCCCGGCCGCCCCAACCAGCGUUCGCCGGAGGAAUGCGCCGCCUUCGCCUGCAAACCCAAGCCUUGUCCGGACUCGCCAUUCGAGUGCGGGACCAACCUACCCUGUACCCUUCCGUCCGCCCUUCUCCACCCUAGCCCCAGGAUUACCACCUAGCCCCCGCCCCCUCCUCCUCCUACUACUGCUAUUACUGUGACUGUAACAUUCUCUUUUCCCUUCAUCCAUUUCUAUUUUCACUUUCAGAUCAAGAAAAGUGUAUAUCAUUAUAUCAGACAUGGUCGUCCUGGUCUCGAGUUUGAGUCAGAAUCACCCGCUGGAUUCAAACCAGAGACAUUUGCCCCCGUCUCUCCUUACCAUGUCAAUUCUGUGAUUGGGUAACUGGUUGGUAUUGAUGACCUAAGAAGACUCCAUUUACUCCCUCUCCCUCUGUAUUUUGAUGGUAUGAAUUGUGGGAUUCAAAUCUGAUGCUCAGUGUGAUAUGAUCACGUGAUUAAAUAAAAUCCUAGUAAGCUUACGUUUUCCUUCAA